AAGAACACCAUUAAAAAAAACUACAGCACAUCCUAAGAAUUCCAUUACAAAAACUACAGCACCCAAGUUCUUGGCUUUUUAGAACUCGCUUUCUGUCGUCAAACGCCUAAAAUCAACAUGUUUUUAAAUUUUGGUUGACCAAUUCUUUUUCAUAUUUUAAUUUUGUUUUGGUGAUUCCUAUGGCUGCUUCACUUGAGAGGUACAAUUUGGUACCACUAUCAGUAACAUGUCUGUGUGCACGCCCUUGCCUACCUUUAUCGAAGAAAACCCAAAUUCUUCCUCAACGGUGUUCGAAAAUAAGCCUUAGGUUAGUUUUGAAUGGAUCAAAAGCUGCGUUUCCGGUUCACACGAACAGCCUUUCGGCGAUGCGGCUCUUGAUUACGGCCAUUGCUAGAGCUGAGCCUGAUAGGCUUGGCCAGGAAGAUGAAAAAGAGGAAGUUGACAAAGGCAAUAACUUCCCGAAAAGUGAGGAAUCUAUUGUGGAGACUCAAAAGAAAGGGAGUCAAUUGACGAAAAGGAUUGUAUUUGGACUUGGAAUUGGAAUUUCUGUUGGAGGUGUUGUAAUGGCUGGAGGUUGGGUUUUUACUGUGGCAUUAGCAGCUGCUGUAUUUGUUGGUUCACGUGAAUACUUUGAAUUGGUUAGGAGUCGUGGUAUCACUGCUAGAAUGACACCUCCUCCUCGUUAUGUUUCACGAGUUUGCUCUGUGAUAUGUGCUCUCAUGCCUUUACUUACCUUGUAUAAUGGUCAGAUUGACAUACCGGUGACUUUUGCUGCUUUUGUUGUUGCAAUGGCAUUGCUUCUCCAAAGAGGGAAUCCUCGCUUUGCUCAGCUCAGCAGUACUAUGUUCGGGUUAUUUUACUGCGGGUAUCUUCCUUGUUUCUGGGUCAAGCUUCGAUGUGGCUUAGCAGUUCCAGCCUUGAACACUAGAAUUGGAGCAACUUGGCCUGUUCUUUUUGGUGGCCAAGCUCAUUGGACUGUUGGUCUUGUUGCAACCCUGAUUUCCAUGAGCAGCAUCAUAGCUGCUGAUACAUAUGCAUUUAUGGGUGGCAAGGCAUUUGGGAGAACGCCAUUAACUAGUAUUAGUCCAAAGAAGACAUGGGAAGGGACUAUUGUAGGGUUGGGUGGCUGUAUAGCCACUUCUGUGAUACUAUCAAGGAUCUUUUGUUGGCCAACAUCAUUGCUAAGUGCAAUAGCUUUUGGGUUUCUGAAUUUCUUUGGGUCUGUAUUUGGGGAUCUUACGGAGUCUAUGAUCAAGCGUGAUGCGGGUGUGAAGGACUCUGGCUCUCUCAUUCCUGGGCAUGGUGGAAUAUUGGAUCGAGUGGACAGCUACAUGUUCACUGGUGCCCUCGCAUACUCAUUUGUCAAAACAUUCCUACCUCUUUAUGGAGUUUGACGGGAAAACUUAUGAUAAAUAGCUAGCGAAAGACAGGAAUUUUGUGGUUUCCUGGUCCGGGGAAGCUCAAAUGACAAACAAGCAUAUACUUGACUGUGGGCAGAUGCAGAAGAUUUCCUGUUUUAAAAUCCCAUAGAUUUGAAAUUAUACCAGCUCGUACCUGGGAACGUUUUCAAGAGAAUACCUCGCUUGCACACAUUCCAGAAUCGCAGCAAAUCAAUUAUGCUUUGCUGGAUAAUCAAAGGCUGUGGCCUUCUGCUGUUACAUGGAUUCAGUCUGAUCUCUGCAAUAAAGGCAGAGCCUGUUUUGGCAUUGACCAUCUAAUUAUUCCAUACAAACAGCUUAUGUCAGCUUACCAGUGUUAAUUUAUGAGACAUUUUUAAUUUUCAAUUUUCAAUUUUCCAUCUUGAUUGCGAUCAUAAUGAUUGCGAAGUUAAUUCACUUCUUUCAAGUGUAAUUAUGUAGACGAAAAUGACCUUUUUGUUCAUGUGGCAUGAAUGCCUUGAUUUCGAUGGUUGGUUGCAGAAAUUCUUUUAACCGACUUA